AGGUUAAAUGCAAAUACCCUCUAGGGUGGGCCUGACUCAGCUCAGGGAGGAAGCCCUGUCUGAAAAGGCUACAGCUUAGGCUGUCACUCUUCCUUCAGCCCAGCAUCUGAUCACAUCUCCUGUCACUCAGGGCCUGAAGGGGAGGGGGCCUUAAACGUUACCCAAUCAGGAACGCUGGGCUGGGAACCGUCCAAUCAGGCACGCAGCUGGAGCGGACAGCACAGCUUCCGGGAUUUGGCGGGGCCUUUGUCUCUUACUGCAGCCGGCGCUCCACGUCUCCUCUUCACUGCUCUGUCUCCUCUGCGUCCAGGGUCACCGAUGUGACCCUGUUACCAGCAGGAACUUGGAGCUUCACAACUAAGACGCCAGGAUCCCCUGGAAGCCUAGAAAUGGUAUUGCUGUCUCUAAGCCAGACCUGAUCACCUGGCUGGAGCAAGGAAAAGAACCCUGGAAUAUGAAGAGACGUGAGAUGGUAGACAAAACCCCAGUUAUGUGUUCUCAUUUUACCCAAGAUGUUUGGCCAGAGCAGAGCAUAAAAGAUUCUUUCCAAAAAGUGAUACUGAGAACAUGUGGAAAGUAUGGACAUGAGAAUUUACAGCUAAGAAAAGACCAUAAAAGUGUGGAUGCAUGUAAGGUGUACAAAGGAGGUUAUAAUGGACUUAACCAAUGUUUGACAACUACUGAGAGCAAAAUAUUUCAGUGUGAUAAAUAUGUGAAAGUCUUUCAUAAAUUUUCAAAUGUAAAUAGAAGUAAGAUAAGACAUACUGGAAAGAAACCUUUCAAAUGUAAAAACCGUGGCAAAUCAUUUUGCAUGCUUUCACAAUUAACUCAACAUAAGAAAAUUCAUACUAGAGAGUAUUCUUACAAAUGUGAAGAAUGUGGUAAGGCCUUUAACUGGUCCUCAACACUUACUAAACAUAAGAUAAUUCAUACUGGAGAAAAACCCUACAAAUGUGAAGAAUGUGGCAAAGCUUUUAACCGGUCCUCAAAUCUUACUAAACAUAAGAUAAUUCAUACUGGAGAAAAACCCUACAAAUGUGAAGAAUGUGGCAAAGCUUUUAACCGGUCCUCAACCCUUACUAAACAUAAAAGAAUUCAUACAGAAGAGAAACCCUACAAAUGUGAAGAAUGUGGCAAGGCCUUUAACCAGUUCUCGAUUCUUAAUAAACAUAAGAGAAUUCAUAUGGAAGAUAAACCCUACAAAUGUGAAGAAUGUGGCAAAGCCUUUAGAGUAUUCUCAAUUCUUAAAAAACAUAAGAUAAUUCAUACUGGAGAAAAACCGUUCAAAUGUGAAGAAUGUGGCAAAGCCUUUAACCAGUUCUCAAACCUUACUAAACAUAAGAUAAUUCAUACUGGAGAGAAACCCUACAAAUGUGAUGAAUGUGGCAAAGCCUUUAACCAGUCCUCAACCCUUACUAAACAUAAAAGAAUUCAUACUGGAGAAAAACCCUACAAAUGUGAAGAAUGUGGCAAAGCUUUUAAACAGUCCUCAACCCUUACUGAACAUAAGAUAAUUCAUACUGGAGAGAAACCCUACAAAUGUGAAGAAUGUGGCAAGGCCUUUAGCUGGUCCUCAGCUUUUACUAAACAUAAGAGAAAUCAUAUGGAAGAUAAACCAUACAAAUGUGAAGAAUGUGGCAAAGCCUUUAGUGUAUUCUCAACCCUUACUAAACAUAAAAUAAUUCAUACUAGAGAAAAACCCUACAAAUGUGAAGAAUGUGGCAAAGCCUUUAACCAGUCCUCAAUUUUUACUAAACAUAAGAUAAAUCAUACUGAAGGGAAAUCCUACAAAUGUGAAAAAUGUGGCAAUGCUUUUAACCAGUCCUCAAACCUUACUGCACAUAAAAUAGUUUAUACUGGAGAGAAACCCUACAAAUAUGAAGAAUGUGACAAAGCCUUUAACAACUUCUCAACCCUUAUUACACAUCAGAUAAUUUAUACUGGAGAGAAACCCUACAAACAUGAAUGUGGCAGAGCCUUUAACAAAUCCUCAAAUUAUACUAAAGAGAAACUACAAACCUGAAAGAUGUGAGAGUGAUUUUGACUACAUCUCAAACUUUUCUAAACAUAAACCAUACUGGUGCCCUAGAAAUGUGAGGAAUGUGACAAAGCCUUUAAAUGGUUGUCACACUUGAUUGUAGGUAAGAUAAUUUAUAAUGGAGAAAAAUCCUACAAGUAUGAAGAAUGUGGCAAACUUUUAACCAAUCCUCACACCUUAUUGCACAGGAAAGCAUUUAUACUUGAGAAAAAUUCUAUAAAGAAUAUGGAAAAGCCAUUUAUAUCUGCUCACAUCUGAACAUCAGAGUGUUAAUACUUAAUAAAAUGCAGUUACUGUCAAAAGAUCUUUCAGAAAAUAUAAGCCUUUAACAUGAGGAAGAGUAUUGUUAAGACAAACAUUGCAAAUAGAGGGUUGUAGUACCUUUACGUUUGUGAUAGAUCUUAUUGUACACAUUUUGUGCCAGAGGAAAACCCUAAAGCAUUAGUUGCUCAAACUGUUCAACAUCAGGGAGUUUUAUAUUGGAGAAAAACCCUGCAAAUGUAAUAAAUAUGGAAAAACAUUUUUUUAAAAAACUACAGCUUGGAAAACAGUUCAUUCUAAAAUAUAUUUUUGCAGAUGCAGUAAAUAUGAAAAAUAUUUAAUCCAAAAUUAAGUCUAUGUAAAUAUCAGAGAAUUCACAGUGGAAAUCAUAAGGCAUGAGGCACUGACACUUCAGACAUUACACUAAAUUAGAGUGUUGGGUAUAGGAAAUUCAAAACUAGAAUUUUGUUAGAUAAGUUAUUUAUAUAUAACUUUAAAAGAAGUGGAAGAGUUUUUGGAGAUUUAUAAUUACAUUCAAAGUAUACUUUUUUCUUGAAAAAAAUUACAGAUUAUUUGAAAAGCAAUUAAUAAUGUAAUUUAACUCUCAAAUUCAUGUUUUUCUUCAUUCCUAUUGUAUUCACAUGUGAAAUCAAGUGAUCAGUUGUUGCUGAAUCAGAGAUAUGAGAGAUUCUUUUUUAAAGGUGGGCAUUAUUUAUGCCCCUUUCUAUGGAAGAGUAAGAAAAUUAAAAUAUAAGAUGCAUGAGGAAAAUGUAGAGAUGCUCUUUGUGGUUAACUUAGAAUAUUAAGUGCUGCUUGAGGUACAUGUUUAGACUAAUAUUCUUUGGCAGUAUAGUGAGAAAACAUUUUCAGUUAGAAUUAGUGUAUAAUUUUGUUGAUUGUGCUUUUAUGUAAUAAAAUGCAGUACUUUAAAAAAAUUGAUUGUGUGUGAACUUAAUUUUGUAAUUAAACAUUUUUUUUUUAACAUGCUAAGACUUGUGUAUUUGAUGAAGUGUUAUUUUGCCACUGACUUUUACCUAUCCCACGUUACUCAAGGGUGUGAGGUAAAAGAUGGUAACAGUAUAUUAUUUGGUAACAUAGUGGACUUACCUCUCUAGUAAUCUUUUCCAGUGGCUUAAACUGCAAAUACAUUAAAGAAUAGUGUUCCCAUAGGUUAAAUUUUUAUCUUUUUAAAAUUUAAAUUUAUUUUUCUUAAUAUUUGUGGGUACAUAGUGUAUGUAUUUAUGCCAUAUAUGCCAUAUUUUGAUACAGACAUACAAUAUGUAAUAAUGACAUCAGAGUAAAUGAGGUAUUCACCUCUAGCAUUUUAUUCUUUGUAUUACAGACAAUCCAGUUCUAUCUACACUUUUAUUUAUUUUAAAAUGUACAAUUGUUAUUGACUACAGGGUCAUUUUUAUGGUCAUAAUAAUAAUUAUACAGAAGUAAAAAUAAAAUCCAUAUUUCUGAGACCUAAA